CAACUUGAAGCGAAAGACUCGCACUUCAAUUUGAACUAGAUACCUAGAUUUCAAUCAUUGCAAUACUCGUAUCACGAUGCCUAUUCAGCAACCAUCAAACCAAAUCAAGCUUACAAACGUCUCCGUCGUUCGGCUCAAAAAAGGUGGCAAGCGGUUCGAAAUCGCAUGUUAUAAGAACAAAGUUCAGGAAUGGAGGUCCGGUGUCGAGACGAAUCUAGACGACGUCCUGCAGAUCAGUAACGUCUUCAUCAACGUAUCCAAAGGUCAAGCAGCAAAGUCCGACGACCUAGAGAAAGCCUUCGGUACAACAGAGCUAGACAAGAUCGUCAACGAGAUCCUCAAAAAGGGCGAGCUCCAGGUCGGGGAUAAGGAGCGUGCACAUGAGCUAGGCAAUUUGUGGAAGGACAUCGCUACCAAAGUUGCGGAGAAGGUCGUUGAUCCCAGCACUCAGCGGCCUUACCCUGUCGGGAUGAUAGAGAAGGGGAUGACAGAGGCUGGGUUUAGCGUCAAGCAGGGGAAAGGGGCGAAGAGCCAGGUGCUGGAGUGUAUUAGGCAGCUGCAGGAGAAGAGCAGUCUUCCGGUACAGAGAGUGCGGAUGAGGGUCAGGGUGACGAUGCCGGCUAAGGAUGAGAAGAGGCUUAAGGAGAAGAUUGUCGAGGCUGCAGAGUCGGUAGAAGAUGAGGACUGGGGAGACGAAUGGGAGGUCAUAUUGAUCAUCGAUCCGGGGCAGUUCAAGGUGCUUAACGAGCUAUUGGCAAACGAUCUCAAAGGCAAGGGGAGGAUCGAGACGAUGACUCUGUGAUCCUCUUCACUCCUCUGACGGCUGUACGAA